GUGUUUUGCAUGAUACCCUCAUAGUUUCUUUUCCAGGCCUGUCACUUUUCAUACGACCGACCGACUGACGAGUGACGACCCCGCUUAAGAGUCCCGAGUUGACGAUAAGCUCUCCUCAGUCUCUCUUCUUCACCUUCACCUUGUUCAAUCUCACUCACCUUCUUCGCCCCCCUCUUCAACUAUCUUCAAUAUGAUCGACCCUUUCACCGCCCUAGGUCUGGCAUCGGCCGUCCUUCAGUUCAUCGACUUUGGAUCUACCGUGUACGGGGAGUACAAAAGGCUCCGCAACGGCAGCCUGAAUGGCAACAAUGCUCGGGCCGUAUCUAAAUCGUUCGAAGCGGCACUCAACGAUCUCACCAACGUAAAUCGCGUCUUGAAAUCCACGCCAAGGCUUCACAACGCAUCCGAAACAGAAAGUAUCCUAAUACAGCAUGAAGAGGCCAUCAACUCUCUCCUCGACCAAGCCACGGACAUGGCUGAGGACUUCCUAAACCAAUUACAGUGCGACCCAAACCGCUACGGGUGGAACACCCUAGCGGAGGCAAUCGGCUCAGUCAGGACGGAAGGCGAACUCGACAAGUUCAAGGAGAAGCUGGAUGGCUUCAAGCGUGACUUGGGUAUCCAUGUCCUCGCCAUGGUAAACGCCAAAGUGGACCAUUACGGCAUGCAGCACCACUAUGACCUAGCCCAGCAACGAGAGGAGAUUGUCCAGUUACGGCAAGACAUCCACCGCAUAAACGAGAACAUCGUCAAGAUUGUAGCCUUCAACCAGAGAGGGAUCAAGUCGGGGAGUAGCACACCAAUCUUUGAUCAGCAUGCAAGAACGGCGGCCGAGGCAAAGCAGGGUGGUGGUCCGAACCCAGUGAUUGUAGCUGCUAUGAUCACACUGGCUAGUGGUGAGACGAGGUUCAUCUAUCCUCGCGCAAAGGCCAUGGGGGUAAAUGGCAGCGGCAGUCACCAGCAACUCGGGCAUUUCAACAAGGGAUCGGAAUCGGGAUCCUUCGAGGACGCCAAAUUCGACACCGUAUUGCGCCUCUCAUCCGACCCCGGGCUCAUGGGUCAACCAGCAGGAGCAGAAAUGGAACACGUCCCCACAAAGGACUUCGCGACCAUCAGCAAAGCCGUCCUGGACAUGCUUCACUUCCGACAAAUCACCGACCGGUUCGAGUCCGUCAAGACCCCGUACGAAAGCACCUUUUCCUGGGUGUUUUCCCACCUCAACAACCCCAGCACCUUCGACAACAUUUGCAGGCCCUGGUCGAAUCUGUCAGCCUUCCUCGAAAGCAAAGACGAAAAGGACAAGUGCUACUGGAUCAAAGGCAAAGCCGGCUCGGGGAAGUCUACUCUGAUGAAGUACAUUGUCAGCGACCGCCGCCUCCAACAACACCUGCAACGAUGGGCGGGGCCAUCCGACGACUUGAUCUACGCCAACUUCUUCUCCUGGCAUUUAGGGACAGACGACCAGCGGCUCAUUUCCGGCCUUAUGCGGUCGCUUCUCUAUCAAGUGCUCUGUGCCAGGCCGGAUCUGAUAGCAACCAUCAUGCCGGAGAUGUGUCUUGAAGCCGCCAAGAGCCGCAACGGCCAACUGGAAACUCCAUCGGGUUCGGAGCUGAGGAUGUGGUUCGAGCGGUUGCUGCACGCCACGGCGACGAAUGUCGGAAAUUUUCGCCUGUUUAUCGCCAUCGACGGGAUUGAUGAGUUCCAAGGCGAUCCAGAGGAGCUGAUCCACUUGAUUCGCAACACCAGAGGAGAUCGGGUCAAGUACCUGGUAUCGAGCAGGCCGAUGCAAGCGUGCGCCAAGGCGUUUGGGUCUUGUCCGAGUCUGAGGUUACAGGACCUGACGGAGGAUGAUAUCCGACGGUACACGGAGGCGAUGCUGGGCGAGCAGCUGCGCGAUAAGGGCGGCGAGGACUGGUUUAGGCUGGUGAACGAGAUUGUCAAGCGCGCCGAGGGUGUGUUUUUGUGGGUGGCGCUAGUAAUACGGUCGCUGCAGAAAGGGUUGCAGAAUCAUCAUGAUAACCUGAAGGAGAUGCGGAAGAGGCUGGAUCAGCUGCCGAGCGAUAUCGAGAAGCUUUAUGGGCAUAUGCUGAAGAAGAUACCGCCAGAUUACAAAAAGAACGCGGCCAAGCUGUUCCGGAUCGUCAUGGCGAGCAUCGACAUUGAGCAGCAAAUCCGAGAGCACCCAGUCCUCGCGAUCCAGUUGUCGUUGGCCGAAGGGGUAUGGGAUGAGGUCAAGUUGAUCCCGGAAGGAUCUCUGACCUGGGAUCUGGAAGAGGUGAGAGUUCGAGACAUCGAAGCGAGAGUGAGCAGUCGCUGCCUGGGGCUGUUGGAAGUACACACGCGCAAGGACGACAAGACUCACAAGCCAUAUAUCGACUUCACCCACCGCACCGCCGUCGACUUUCUCCGCGAGUCCCAAAUUGCUAUCGACUUCCUUUAUGGCACCUUGAGCUCCGACUUCAACCCGCAAGCCUACCUCGUCCGAUCCUGCCUGACCCUGGCCAGAGUCAUGCCCACCACUACCCGCUUCGACGGCGACGUCGUGUGGGACAGCAUGCGCACCUGUCUCGAGUACGCGCGCAUAGCCGAGUACAAGAAACGGCCCGUCUUCGACGGCUACCUAGACCGGCUCGACCAGGCCAUGAGUCGGCACUGGUUUGCCGCGCUCUCCUCCACCACUCCCUACAACUCCUCGUCCGACAUCCAUCGCCUUCACCACUGGGCACAAAAAGCCUUCUGGUUCUGGACGGGCCCGAAAGACGUCGACAUGGCCCGCGUCCAAGCCGAGUUCAACCAGUUCUGCUACCCUUCGCUUUACGUCAACAAUGACCCCACGUCCACGUCCACAUCCCUCGACGAAGAGAACCAGCGCCUCCUCGGCGAGAUCGAUCUCGGUUUCUUGGUAGUAGCAAUCAUGUACUCCUUGCCCACAUACCUGCGCACCUGUUUACACCGCCUAAAGGAAGCCGAAGAGGGAAUCGAAGCGACCAUGAAGCGUAAAUCCACCCGCAAGACGCUCAUCAAUAAGAUCGACAAGAUCAAGGGUGGGAAGCAGACGUACGUCCCACCAAAGGUCGCGCACACUGCUACCAGGUUACUGUUCCUUUGGGCGCAGCUCACGGCGGCUAGCAGCAACUUUUGUAUUGUGCCCUGGACCAAGCCGCAUGCGAGGGUGUGUCGGACGUUGCUGGAGUUUGGCGCGAACCCGAUGUGCGAGUUUACUUUUUCGAUGGGAAGCGGCAAGCUGUCGGCGCAUAGGAACGCGUGGGAGCUGACGAGCCAGGCGAUUCUGGUGUUGGUGCAUCCGGCGCUGAGGAAGAAGAACUUGACAGAGCUUUUGCCGAAUCAGAAGGUGAGGGCGGUGUUGUGGAUUACCAACUUUUUCGUCAAGAACGGGGCCGAUAAGGGUAGCAAGGUCCCGUCGGUUGUGCUGCACGGCGCCGGCAUGAAGAAUCUGGUGUUGGAGUGUCCUGGCCGAGCGAAGGAUGAGGAGGCGACGCUGCUGGAAUGGUUGGAGCCAUACGCCAAGGGCCCCGCGACAAACGAGGUGGGCAAGAAGUUGGGCAUGAUUAUGCGCAAGACGCAUAGAGUGCUGAAGGGCGUGCAUAAGACUAAGGGGUGGAGGAGGAGAAAGUCGAGGAGGCCGAAUGGAGAGGGAGGGGAUGAUUUCGAUGAGGAUAGUGAUGAUUAUGGGAGCGAGGAUGAUGACGAUUAUGAUGACGAUAGCGAUGACGAUGGGCGAUCGGUCAUCAUGCCGGCGAGGAGGGAUCGGGGCGAGCAGAUCAUCCUAAGGAAGCCGCUACGAAGAGCAGGGUCCGGAGACACCUUGUUGGACGACGCGAUUGAGGAUAAACCGUUGCCGCCGAUCCCCCGGGAGAGCUCGAUGCUCAGUACUCAGCCGAGUAUGGGCGAGAUCGUCGAUGAGGAUUACGGGAGGGCGAAGACGCCGGUGAUGCACCAUCAGACAUUGCCGGACACCCCUCCACCUUCGGCACCGGAUGAGAUUUUCUUCCUCCCCACGGCAUCGUUUGUCGAACUACCGAACUCGACGCCUCCUAGCCCGACCGGAACCAUCUCGCCGAUUUUGCCCCAGCAGCCCGAACCCGAGCCAGAGCUGGCACCGACCCCUCCUCCACGCCCGCAUGAACCGAGCCCCGAAAUGCAACAGACCCCCCGCUUCCCCGACCUCCCUCGCAUGCCCCUCUCACCACUGUCGCAACGCUUCCCCCUCUCACCACUUUCCCAACGCUUCCCCCUCUCCCCAGUAUCCCCCCGCAUGCCACUCUCUCCCCUCUCCCCACGAACGCCCAUCGCCCCCUCCCCCGCCGACUUCCUCUGGCCGGCCGCCUUCCGCGCCGUCGCCCACCACCGGCGCCAAACCGAGCCCUUCCCCGGUCUCGGCAUCAACCCGUCCCAAGCAACCCUCGUCGACCCCAACUCCGACGACGUCGAAGACCUCUACCCGGACGUCAACCCCCACUCGCGCGCGCCGCCCUCCCCUUCACUCUCCCGGCGCUCCUCAACCGAAACCCUCGUCGAGCCCAAAGCGCCGCACUACACGCGCGAAUCGCUCGGCAAGAAGCCCGACAUGGAACGGCCCGUGCACCCGCUCGAGCUGGCGAUGCAAAGAGGCCAACUCAACGACGACUCCGAGGACUCGGACCAAGAAACGGUGCGGCCGCGCGGCCGGCGCGGGAUGAGAGAUCGGUCGAAUACCAUGACGACGAGUACCACGAGCGCGACGACGACGACCACCGCUACGACGUCUACGACAACGGGUAACAGACACCGCGAGGCGCGGGAGAUGAAGCGCCGAGAGGAGAAAGAGGAUAAAGAAAGGAGAGAAAGGGAGGCAAGUCGGGCUGCGCGCAGGCUACCGGAGCCGAAGAGCGGGAAGGGGGGGUAUGCGAAGUAUUUGGGCCAGACGGGGGCCAAGGCGGCGGCGGUGGUGCCGCAGAAGUUGUUCAACCUCGCGUUUUGGGUGGGCGAUUGGUGCAAGAGGGCUUAUGGGCGGUGUUCGUGGGUGGUCAAGAUUCGCUGGUAGGGAGUGUGGUUCUAGGGGGGUAGCAGGCCUGUCUGUGAUACUGAUGGGACUCCUGUUGAAGCUGGCGGAAGCGCAACUACCUUGCUUACUUAGGUAAAGGUAGUUGUAGCAACCUGAGGCUGAGAUGGUAGGCCCCCCUAGAGGUAGAGAACGUGGAGGACAUGGAUGUUAUUGUAGAGGACGCCG